AUAAUAAUUAUUAAUGUACUGCUAUUGUGUGAGGUAAUUUUCUCCUGAUAAUACAGACAAAAUGCUGGGACAGUAAGGAGUGAAUACAAAGAAUGUGUAUGGAUAAAACCAAUACAACCAUUCAACAAGUGUGUGUGUGUGUGUUUGUGUGUGUGUGUGUGAGAAAGAGAACUAGACUCUCCUGUGUCCCAAACCUCUGUCUGCAUCAUUAAAGCAAUCAAGCAAACCCCCCCUUUACUUUGGUGUGGUCGGUGUCACAGUGCCACCCCCUUGCGGCCAUUGUCUUCUCACACAUUUCCUCUUUGACCUGUCUGUAAGGCAUCUUUUGCGGCAGUAGAUGUCCACGAAGGAGACUUUAGGGUUGUUACAGUGCAAAGCUAGUUAAAUGAAUGAGAUUACAUGAGAUGAAAAUUUAAUGAUGCACUAUGGGGAACUGGUAAUUGUGUAAAAAAAAAAAACAUAUUUAAAGGGGCAUUGAGGUUUUUACAGAACCAUGGCACAAAAUUAUUAAUUAUUAGAAUAUAGCUGAAAAUUCUUCAUAUGGUUACUGCUAAUACCACUGACUCAACAGCUAUUUUUCAGCUUACUUUGUCCCAAAUCGUACUGUCUGUCUGUCCUGCUCUUUGUGUCGAGAUCGAGUCCACCCCCACCCUGCCUACUCACAAUCUCAGCUGCUUAGUGAUGGUGGUCCGAACCAGCAACAUGCAUAUGCAACAUGCCUGGGAAUGAGGACCCUAACAUAGAUGCACUUCCUACUGGUCAUUAACAGAGAUUGAUCAAGAGCUGUGACGGUUCUGAAUACACUCUGCAAGGGCCAGCAGGUGGCGAUGACAUCACCGGGCUGUCAGCUGAGCCAGCCCACUACCAGCUACUGUCUGAGCUGGGGAGGGGCUUCAAUAACCUGAGCCAGGUGAGCAUGGCACGGCACUUCCCUACUGGACAGCUGGUGGCCGUCAAACAAACCAACCUGGAUGAGUGCACCGAAGAGGAGCUGCUGCAGCUCAUGAACGAGGUUCUGCUGUCCAGGCUUUUCCGUCAGCCCAACCUGCUGACCUCUCGUCUGGUUUUCAGCUCCUGCUGCCAGCUGUGGGUCCUCACGCCGCUCAUGGCCUAUGGCUCUGCAGACACCUUACUGAGGACAUAUUUCCCAGAUGGAAUGAGUGAAUCCCUGAUAGCGUACUUGCUAUACGGUGUGCUGAAAGCGUUGGAAUACCUGCACCGGAUGGGCUAUGUUCACCGGGGGGUGAAGGCCAGUCAUAUCCUGCUGUCAGGGGAGGGGCGUGUUUACCUUUCAGGGCUCCACAGUGUUUACAGUAUGAUGCGUGAGGGGAAGAGGAUGAGGGCAGUGUUCGACAUGCCCCAUCACAGCCCUGCCCUGCUGCCCUGGCUCAGCCCCGAACUACUGCGACAGGACCUGCACGGUUACGGAGUAAAAUCAGAUAUCUACAGUUUAGGUAUUGUGGCCUGUGAGCUGGUCAGCGGCAGGGUGCCUUUCCAGGACAUGCCACCCACUCAGAUGCUGCUUCAGAAGCUGCGCGGCUCCCACUGCUGCCUGCUCGAUGUGGCCCCCUUCCCGCUAGGCGAGCUGGGGGGGCUGAAGGUGUCGCGGUCUGGGGUGGACUCUGGCAUUGGGGAAAGUGUGGCCACUGGAAGCCUGACGCAUAGCGCCACAGCUCCUCCCACUGACCGACCUCAGAGCCCCGGACCUAAAAACCACUCAGCCACCCUGCACAACCUGGUCCAGCUGUGUCUGCAGCAGCAGCCCGAGCGGAGACCAUCAGCGUCUGCACUGUUGACCCACGCCUUCUUCAAGCAGGUGAAGAGGCACACUAGAGACUCCUUCCUCAGCCUCAUGUACCCAGCAGUGCCCCUAACCAGCCCCGAGGACCCUCCAGUAUCAUGCCCCCCCGGUCCGUCCUGCCACACUUUGACAUCACCCACCGCCGACACUCCUGAAGCUGUGUGGGACUUCUCUUAACCCACCCACCCCCCUCUGUGACCAUAAAUCUCCAAACCCUGACUAGAAAGCCAAACAGAAGACAAUCAAAACAAAGCAAUGAGGCCAAAUUCUACUGUGCUUUUAUUUUUUAUUAUUAUUAAUCCAACCCUCUGAGCCUUU